UACCAUAUUUAUAUAAACCUCGCCCCCCUCGUCGUGGGUGAUGCGUUCUCCACCAGAGGGAUGACACGGGUCCCAUUCUAUUUUCCCCUCUCCCCGCGCCUCCGGUGUCCCUUGCUCCUUCCCAUUCGCUUGCCUCUCUUCAUCCCUGGCUUCUUGCACCCUCCCAUGCCGCUGCUCGGGAUGCAGGCCCCACCCCUGGCUCCCAUGGUGGCGGCAGCAGGCGGCCCCGGCUUCCGGGUCACCCUGCACCCCUCGGGCGACGGGGACUUCCUGAUCCCCUCAAUUGCCGACAUUAUCUGGCUUCGCCAGGAGCACCGAAUCGUCAGCCAGCUGGCUGGCACCCUGGCCAUCGCCCCGUCGCAAAGCUCGUCACUCUCCACGCCGGGAGUCCUGUCCCGCACGCAGGGCCGCUUCCUCUUUGCCCAGGGCCUCGCGCGAAUCCCCAUCCCCACACCCAUCACGGAAUCCGACUUCCCAGAGGCUGCCGGCUAUAUAUUCCACUGGCCCUGCUACGUGCGCUUCGAGCGGGAGUUCGCCAACGCCCCCGUGGUCCCCUGCUCCGAUUGGCCAUCCUCCCAGCCUUGCACAUCGCAAAGCCACGCCUCCCCACUCCCGCUGCUUGACCAUGAGGAUGCUCGAUAUCUGGUCUUCCGCCAUCUGGCCCUCACGUGUGGGCUGACCUUGACAGCCAGCGGGUCCACUCGCUUUGGGGGGGAUUUCCUCGCGUACACGGCCGACCCGCUGUCGGUCCAUGCGGAAUACAUCGUCCUGAUCGUCGGCCACCAGGCCCAGGGGGGGACCUUGCCCGCGGAAAAGCUCAUUGCCGCCGGUCGGCUGGCCAACAGCACCAAAAAGGCGGUCCUGCUGUGCAGUGUCGUCGCCUCGGCAGCCGGCCCCGGCCCGGCCGCCAGUCCGGAGGAGGCAUUCUCCGUCAGCGUGGUCACCCUUCGGUGGUCCAAGUUCCGGUGAUCUGGGGCCGGCCCGUUUGCCGGUCCCCGAUAGGCGGGCUAUGAAAACAAAAAACAAACCCCAACAGCAACCCCACACAACACUGAUAAAAAAGGCCUGAAAUUGCCUGGUCCAA